AUGGCCACCCUGGCUGCGGUGUGUGAGGCCAUUGACCAGCAGCCUGUGUUGCAGCCGGAUUCUCUCGAUGCUGGGCCUGUGGACAGGUUUCUCUCUGCAUUUCCAUUUAAUCAGAUGCUGCAGAAGCCGCUGCCAGGAGCACAAGCAGGAUGGGGGAAGAUCGUUGCACAGUAUAUCCACAGCCAGUGGGUCUGCCUCUCCUUCCUGCUGAGAAGAUACCACACCCUCAUCCCCGCCCCCGAAAGUGGCGCUCUGGAGCCCUACCUCCCCGCUGUCCAGAUGCCGGGGCACACCCUGCAGUCAGCACUGGAUGCCCUGGCCAUCCUCCCUGCUGACCGGGUCCUGCCUGUGUUCCGCUGCAUGAAGGUGCUGGUUCCCAAGCUCCUGACCUCCUCUGAGUCACUCUGCACAGAGUCUUUUGACAUGGCUUGGAAAAUCACGUCUUCUUUGAGCAACACUCAGUUGACGUUCUGGCCUAACUUUAAAGCUUUCGUUCAGUUUGUUUUCGAUAACAAAGUUCUUACCAUUGCUGCAAAAGUCAAGGGCCAGGCAUAUUUGAAAAUAAAAGAGAUUAUGUACAAAGUAGUUGAAAUGUCUGCCAUAAAAACAGGGGUCUUCAAUAUACUGAUAAGUCACUGCUGCCGGUCUUGGAUGGUGUCUGCUCCCAGCAGACCCCAGCGGUCUUUGUCAGGUGCUCAGGAUUACAGCGAACUUGUCCUGGAGGCCUGUGUGUUUGGACCUGUGUUUCGGCGUGAUCAGAGACUUAUCCAGGAUGUUCAGGCCUUCAUAGAAAAUCUCGGACACAACUGUGCGGCCAACGUUGUUUUGGAAAAUAGUAAAAGAGAAGACUGUUACGUGAGGAUUUGUGCCAUCAAAUUCUUGUGUUUAUUAGAUGGUUCGAACAUUCCCCACAAGCUGUUUUUGGAAGAUCUCACACUCAAGCUGUUGGAUAAAGACGAGUUGGUGUCCAAGUCCAGAACUCGGUACUAUGAGAACUCUCUACAGCACCGGGUGAAGAACCGGAUCUGGCAGACGCUGCUUGUCCUUUUCCCCAGAUUUGACCAGCACUUCUCGAAUGGAAUUAUUGACAAGAUUUUUCAGGCUGGCUUCACCAACAAUCAAGCUUCCAUAAAAUAUUUUAUAGAGUGGGUCAUCAUUUUGAUGCUGCAUAAGUUCCCACGGCUUCUUCCCAAGUUCUGGGAUUGUUUUUCUUUUGGUGAAGAAAGACUGAAAACGAGUGUCUGUACAUUUUUAUCUGUCUUACCACAUUUGGACAUCAUCAUUGAAAAUAUUCCAGAAAAGAAGCCGGUGCUGAAGCAGGCCCUGAUCGUCACGCUGCAGUGGUGUCUCAGCCACAACUUCAGUGUUCGGUUGUACGCGCUGGUUGCUCUCAAGAAAGUCUGGCACAUGUGCAAAGCAUUGUGUGUGGAAGAGUGUGAUGCGUGGACUAAAGUGAUUGAGGGCAGCCUCAGCCAAGCGGAGAGCAUGCAUGGAGCAGGGAACGCCAAGAGGAACUGGCAGCGCAUCCAGGAGCACUUCUUUUUCUCGGCAUUUCACCCGCUUAAGGAUUACUGUCUGGAGACCAUAUUUCACACCCUUCCCCGGCUCUCGGGCGUCGCUGAAGAAGAGUGGCUUUCCCUCAGUAAAUUUGUCAGCUUCACAGACGUGCCUUCUGAUGCAGCGUCACCGUGGUACCUCCCUCAGAGUCCACUGUCUGUGCUGAGCCGGGACUGGGCCCAGCAGGAUGCAGGAUCUCACCCGGGUGAGGAAGAAGACCAGCCUGAGUGGGCUGACGUGCAGAGGAAGAUCAUCCCGUGCGGUCUCAGUGCAGACGUGGACCUGGAGCCCGGAUUCCAGCACCGUGCAGCCAGGCUCGGAAAGUCUGUUAGCAGACUGAUUGUGGUGGCCUCGCUCAUUGACAAACCGACCAACUUAGGAGGACUGUGCCGCACCUGUGAGGUGUUUGGGGCCGCGGCGCUCGUGGUUGGCAGUCGCCAGUGUGCCAGCGACAGGCAGUUUCUGCACCUCAGUGUCUCAGCAGAACAGUGGCUUCCUCUGGUGGAAGUGAAACCAGCUCAGCUCACCCACUACCUGCAGCAGAAGAAGGCCGAAGGCUACACCAUCAUCGGCGUGGAGCAGACGGCCCGGAGCUCCAGCCUGGCACACUUCUGCUUUCCCGAGAAGUCUCUGCUCCUGCUGGGAAACGAGCGGGAAGGGAUUCCAGCGAGCCUCAUCCAGCAGCUGGACGUGUGUGUGGAGAUCCCGCAGCAGGGUGUGAUCCGCUCGCUGAAUGUCCAUGUGAGUGGGGCCCUGCUCAUCUGGGAGUACACCCGGCAGCAGCUGCGUCAGCGGGCGACCCCGCACCCUGAGUGCCUGGCCUCCCCCAGGAGCUCAGAGGUGCCGGGGUGACCUGCGCUCGAUCUUCUGUGAUUUAGUGCCCAAACCUUUUUGUGUGCCUUAAAUAUAUCACUGUAUAUGGCCCCUUGGGUAACCUUUUAGCUAAACUGUAUUGCUUCUUUAAUAAAAUAUUUUAAGCAAUUGUGGAAAUAGAGCCUCGUAAUUUUAAAAGAUAACGUCCUUCCCAGAGGCUAGCAUUGCCAGGAGCCUGGACUGUGCUCCAAGCAUGGCAGAAUUAAAGCAGCAUUUACCUGGAGCACCUCUACCCUGCCUUAGGAAGCAGAUGAGGCAGAGGGAGGGUUCUGAAGGAGGUGGUCCAGCUUCCUGAGCGCUGAGCCUUGAAUUCCUACUCAGAAAAUGCCUGGUAAGGUGCUGGCCAGCUCCCCGUAACGUGAGGAUGCAUUACUCUCGUACACACACUGACACGAGAACCCGCGAGUGCUGCUCUGCUUGCU